AUGGCUUCUGCGUUUGUCGUUGGCCUCGGACUGGCCACCACUGCUUUUCUGGGCCGUGCUGGAUAUGUCGCACUGCAGCGUUACCGGGGAGGAGUCAACAAACUAGGCCGCGCAUUUUACAAGGGUGGUUUCGAGCCCAAAAUGACUCGUCGUGAAGCCUCGUUGAUCUUGGAACUCUCGGAACGAACCUUGACCAAGGAUAAAGUUCGCAAAAACCACCGACAACUCAUGCUCCUCAACCAUCCUGACCGCGGCGGAAGUCCCUAUCUGGCCACAAAGAUCAACGAAGCCAAGGAAUUGCUUGACAAGACUCUCUGA